AUGUCUUUCUCUACCGCUUCUUCUUCCCCAAAUGACAAGAGUGUUGAUUUGCCCAGACACGGCUACGAGGACCUAGACAGCGAAUUCUUUGACCAAUUUCUCACAUUCAGCCCGGGCAAUUGCGCAGGCCAGGACUUUACUGGUUCAUCAAACCAGCAAAUUACGGAAGGCUUCAGUAGCAACAGCGACAUAAUUGAUACACCUGCUAGCAUCGACAACAAUGCUGCAAUCUACUCGAACGAUCACCAGUCUCAGUUGCGCAACCCAUGGGCAGCGGAGCCUCCCGCAGCCUCGUCCCAAUAUAACCGGGCACCAACGAAUGGCUUCUACAGCGAGACCUCUGGAAGAGCCGCAGUAUCUGACAGCGAGCUACUCACGCUUGAGGGGAUCAGCUUAUAUUCCCCUCAAAUCCCGGCAUUCUCACAGUCGUCUUUGCCUACGACUCCAUUGCCAUCUAUCGCAGCCGGAAGCCGACGGAAGGCCCGUCUAGUAGAAUCAAUCUCGAAAACCUUUAAGAAGGCCACGGGAAACCUCCAAAGCUCUUACCGGACUCCUAUAAGGAAAACCAGCUCCUUGCCUAAGAUGGCACGCCAUUCAAACCACAGCCAAAACAAUUUCGACCACUGGGAAGACAAGCUCCCAGCGGAUGCACCGAAAUUCAAAUUCGAGUUUGAGGAAAACCCCACAAGCCUCUCCUUCGAGAUCUCGGCUGCAACAGCUUCAAUGGCAGAGGAACAACCAGAUCACUUGACUGAUAAUGAUCUCCCUCGAAACAUUACUACACCGACUACCCAUGAUACCCCCCAGGCUACUCCCGAAUUGUGCGGGGGACAUUCUCGAAAAACAAGCUCUAAUUACUUCCCAAUCACGCCUCAACUCCACAACAGCGCAUCUUUCUGGCCAUCGACGCCAGCACAACCAGACCUCAACACAUUUGAGGGCUCAGCCGUGUAUCCUCCGUCUGAUGUGAAGAUGCCAAUAUGGUGGAAUGAUGCUUCGGCAGCUCCAAUGGCUCAGCCAUUACCAGUUGGCUUCCACACCAACCCUCAGCUAGCAACAAGGAACCUUGUUCACCAGCUCCAGAACGACUUAGAAUACGGCAACAACGAGCGUUCACUAAACUCCAUGAACAUGACAUCAGGACUGAUGAUUCAAAUACCUCAAGCUCCAACCCAGCAACCUCUUAUGAUGGAAAACGUUCCGCGGGUGGCGCAGCAUGGCUCUCAGGACGCCGACACACCUCCGCAACCGCACCACGUCCUCCGCCGGCAAACCGCUCAAAUAUUUUCAAGGCAACCGCAGCAAUCAGCUCCAAGCCAAAUGCACCCGACGCGUUCGAACGACUCUGAGCCAUCCUCUCCUGGCUCAAGUUCGUCCGCUGCCCGACAGCGCAAGUCGCCUAAGACGAGCAGGAAAUCGUGGUCCAGAGCGCAGCAUAGACCUAAAUCCGGAGGUGCCGUUGACUUCGUGAAUUACACGCCCGACGAUAGCAGGAAAAUUCUCACGGGCGUUGCGCCCAGUGGAUCUUCGAAGACUAAGGCCAGGAGGGAUAAGGAGGCGAUGGAUAAAAGGCGGAGGUUGUCGCAGGCUGCCCUUCGAGCUGUCAAGGCUGCGGGCGGUGAUGUAAAUAGCCUUGUUGAGGAGGGGCUUUUUGUAUGA